CGCAUGCCCCCUCUCUCUCCUUCACUCACUAUCUCCCUCUCCCUAACCCCACUGUCUCUCAAAUCUCCUUUUCUCACCCAACUAUAAAUCCCAUACAGACCCCCUCUUCUCUCUCUCACCUGUAGUCCCUCACACCCUCAAAAUCUUCCUCUCCUAUUUUCUCUGCUCCCUGCCUCUCUGUGUCUUUUUUUCUUUAGUUUCUAUUCAGUUUGUGUUCUUUCUUUCCUUGCUAUACUUCAUUAAUGGCUGUGUCUGGUUUUGAAGGCUUUGAGAAGCGCCUGGAGCUUCAUUUCUUUGGUGAUGAUCCUGUGGUCGACAAUAUGGGCCUUAGGCUUCUUGAUUUCGAGUCUUUAGUGAAAGUUUUAAAUGCUGUGCAAUGCACUGUGGUAUCUGCUGUUGGGAACCACUAUUUUGAUGCCUACGUGUUAUCAGAGUCAAGCCUCUUUGUCUACCCCACCAAGAUCAUCAUCAAGACAUGUGGGACCACCCAACUCCUCAAAUCCAUCGGUCCAUUGCUACACUAUGCUUGCAAUCUCGGCCUCACUUUGUGCUCCUGUAGGUACACCAGAGGCAGUUUUAUCUUCCCCAAGUCACAGCCCUUCCCUCACACCAGCUUCAAAGAAGAAGUCAUUUACCUUGAAGAGAAUCUCCCCUCCAAUCUUUGCUAUAGAAAAGCCUCUGUUAUGCCCUCUAAAAUGACUUCUCACUCUUGGCAUGUCUUUACUGCUAGUGACCAAACUCACAUAGUAUCCCAAAACGAUGAUCUCUACACUAUAGAGGUGUGCAUGACUGAGCUCGACCGCGUCAUGGCUCACAAGUUCUUUCAACCUCCCGGCGAUGGCAAGAAUGGUGAUAUAGCUGGGAAAGAGAUGACGAAACUUACCGGUAUAGGUGAUAUCAAUCCAGGAGCUAUCAUUUGUGAUUUUGCAUUCGACCCUUGUGGAUACUCCAUGAAUGGGAUUGAUAAUGAUCGUUACUCUACCAUUCAUGUCACUCCAGAGGAUGGUUACAGCUAUGCAAGUUUUGAGUGUGUUGGGUCCAUUUUCGACGAUAAUGAUGAUAUAGCUGAGGUUUUAAAGAAGGUGGUGCAGGUUUUCCGGCCGGCGACCAUGUCGGUGUCUACUACAUGCGCGAGCCACGAAGUUUGGACACGGGUUGCAAAUGCUGUGGAGCCGCUUGGAAUGAAAUGCAGAAGUUGCGCGGUGGAUGAGUUUCCAGAUAGCGGAAGUGUGGUGUUUCAAACGUUCACAGUUCGCCGGAAGUAAACCGGAAUAUACUGGGGGGAGGGUUAGGGGUUUAGAGUCGAGUAGGAAAAAAUUUUUGUUAGGGCGGGUGAUGAAUGGGAGCAAUUACGUGGAGAGAAGUGAUUGGUUAAUUGGGGAGGGGGGAGGGGGGGGAUGUUGGUGGUUGAUGAAUGUUGGGUUGACUUGUGUAGAAAGAUAAAAGUGGGGAGGAAUUAGAGAUGAGAGGAUGAUGUGGAUGCAUCAAAAAAGAUUGGGAGAGUGUGAGCAUUUGGAAUCUAUCAUGAUAAUGCACCCCACUUACGCUUGUCACGCCUAAGAUUUUUGAGCUUGUGUAGUGCUCUUGUUUAAUUUUCAGGUUUAUAUGAACUUUCGCUUUGUAUUAUUUUUCUUUUCUUUUUUUCUCCCUUCCUCAAUUUGUCUUUUAUAAAAUCCACACUCUUGGUUAAUUAUACCCUUUUUUAACCCUUAAUUCAGUAUUGUUUAUGUGCA